AUGUACCUAUGUUCUAUUAAUAGAAAGACAGUUAUUUUGUUUCAGGUAAAGAAAAUAAUUUUGGCUCCUGUGAUAAGUGUGAAGCCAGUAGGGGUGUGGUGCAAUAAGAGUGCUCUAGAUCUUCAGACGCUAAGAAAGAUUAUUGCCAUAAAAUCAUUUGUUAAAUGUUUAUUGGCAAAGUUAUCUCAAGAUGAUAUUGAGAAAUUUUAUGUACUGCUGUCAUCAGUUGCUGCUGGGAUGUUAACUAUUGAAGGCUUAAAGCCGAGUUUAACAGAAAUGUCGUGGCUGCGUCUCACUUCUGGCUGUUCUAUAUUGAAACUAUGUAGCAGUAAAUUCUUCUGGCAGAAACUAAAACUGAAGCAGUUUAUGUCUCUCACAACACUGUUAUAUAAUGUUAGGUCUAUCCGACAAAUGGCUGAGGUAUUAAUUGGAAAAAUGUGGCUGAAAGGAUCUGAGACAUACCAAGUAGUGCCAGAUUUUCCGAGAAGGUACUUCCAUUUAGAACAGGGGAGUGAAACCAUUGAAGAAAUCCAGUGAAGAACAGUAGGAUCCAUUAUCAUUACAUUGAAUUCAGAGAAUACAGUUCAGUUUUGUAUCAUAACUAAAAUAAGAA